AUGAACGCCACACUGCAGCCACUGCGAGCCGCCGCUGCCGCCACUCCGUCCAGCGUGCGCUUCUUUGUGUGUGGACUGGCAGCUGAGACGGUGAGUUGCGUCGUAUGGGUGCCGAUCGACGUGGCAAAAGAAAGGCUUCAGUCGCAGCCGCCAUCGCUGACGGGCCGCUACACGAGUAGCCUUGAUGCACUGCACCGUAUUUUAGCGAAUGAAGGAGUGAGAGGCCUCUACAAGGGAUACGCCUCCACCCUCUCCAGCUUCGGCCCGUUUUCGGCGGUGUACUUCGUAUUUUACGAGUACUUCACCAAGAUGCUGGCAGGGUUGCGUACCGCGACCUCAGCCGCGCCAAAGCAGGGUGACCGGAACGGCGGCAAGGAAAGAGAGCUGUUCUCUCUGGAGACGUUUGCGGUGGCGCUCGGAGCUGGCGCUGGUGGUAAUGCAGUGGCGUCCCUACUCACGAAUCCGUUGGAGCUGGUGAAGACACGGAUACAGGUGCAGCGGGCCGUGCUGCAUCGAGGAGACGUGGGUGCCUCUACCCCGACCCUGUUUUCAUACCACUAUCGGGGCCUGCGGGAGGGGCUCGCAGCACUAGCAAAGGAGAAAGGGAUACGGGGGCUAUGGAAAGGCGUGGGCAGUCGCAUCGCCUACACCGCACCAAACGCGGCGUUGACCAUGGGCUUCUUUGAGCUUUUGAAGACAAAGCUGGUGUGA